AUGAACUUGCGAGAUGGAGAAGUUAUAACGAAUCCAAAUUACUUCGUACCAACACAGAAAAAGAAUUCGCUGCUGUCGAAAUUAGCUCCAGUGUUAUAUUUGCAGACGAAUUGUGAUACAUCGACCGAAAGAGACGCGUACGUCGAACAAUUGAUGAAGUUCAUCCAAGUAGAUUCCUACGGGAAUUGUCUUAAUAACAAAGAACUUCCGUUACAUAGAAUGUACAAGACUACUGCAGGCGAUAGUGUGACGUAUUUAUACCAUCUUUAUGGUGACGAAUUGAUGAAGCUAAUGGCAAGAUACAAAUUUGUGAUAACUAUAGAAAAUGCUGUCUGCAAUGAUUAUGUUACUGAGAAGAUCUGGCGCGCUAUAGAAGUGGGCACAGUCCCGAUAUACUACGGCUCGCCGCUGAUCAGGGACUGGCUGCCGAACAACAAGUCGGCCAUACUGCUGGAGGACUUCCCCACGCCGGAGCUGCUCAGCCAACACCUGCAAUACCUCCUGAACAACGACACGGCGUACGAAGAAUACCUCGAGCACAAGACGUUAGGCAUCGUAACGAACAAGGAACUGAUCCGAGAACUGAUAACCCGACCGUAUGAAAAUGACUUGGAUAACACCGUCAAAGCGUUUGAAUGUUUUAUUUGCGAGAAAAUCCACGAUAGGACGAAUAAGACCGUCGACAUUGUCAAUAGGAGCCAUUACGACUGUCCAAAUCCAACAUCAGCUUUGACGUUUUCACUGAAUCCUGAGAGCAAGUGGGUGAAAUAUUUGCCAGAAGCAAGAGCGAAAUUGGAUCAAAUAUAUAAAGAAGUCAAUGAUCCCGAUCAAACUGUGCGGCAGUCUUAUACACCCUGGUACGGAUAG